CUAUGCCCAUCGCACCACAAAACCACCAAACACGAGCAUUCCUUCGUCUCAGAACAGUGACACAUCGCAGACUACAGUCCGCCAUAUCCUGUACUUCUCCCGCCGAGGAAAGAAUAAAGAACGGCUGCUACUUAUUUCUUUAGAUACAACAACCUUCAGGUCGGACGAAAGAUAACCGAGAAGGAUCAACUUCAUUCGAAUUCUGCAGAACGCCAGUAUCUGAUUUAAAGUAUUUUCGAUCUUCCGUUGUCCACUUUCCGCCCGGUACUGUAGGGAGGUCUUUGUACUCUGUUGUUAUACAUUAUCACGGAGGAAUCCAAACUAAGUAACUCGACAGUUGAAAGUAUUAGGCACUUACUUCCACGGAAUUAUAGAGUGAUUUGAAGGAAGGAGUUAGAGGGCGAAACAUAAGAAAGAAGGGGACCGAUCUAGUCACAACUUGGAGAAAAGACUACAAAGGCAAGUCCAACCUUCCAUUUGACAGAAGCAGACCGGAAUCAAUGUCAAGGCCACCAGUAGGUAGAAGGCGCGAAGAAUCAGCUUCCUCAUUCUACAAUGGCCGAAGAAGACGUGGUCCGAACUACGGUGCUCCUCCACCAACAGCGACGCUACCUCCCAGACCUUCUUCAAUUCCUCAACGACCCGACGAAAGCACGAGUAACAGUUCUAUGGCAAGGGCUGCUUCACAGCAUCAGCGAAGUAUCCCGUCCAACAGGUCUGUUACGCCCACGAACCCUCAGCCGUUAGCUGAAGUAUCCAAAUCUCGACCUUGGACGUCAAACCAAGCAAAUGCGUCUUCUUCUGUACGGUCUUCCCUGCCUUCACAGGCUCAGGAGGCCACCAAGGCACUUGAAACCACAUUCGCAAGCGCCGUCGACCUACCUGCCCGCAAGCGCCAAAGAAUCUCUGAGAUGGCGGUGGAGAAAGGGGAAGUGGAUCAAGACAUCAAUAUCGCUGCGGCGUACUGUAGUUUCUUUCAGGCACUAGAUAACUGGCUGGAAAUGAUACUCAAGCAGAAGCAAGCUCGCCAACAAUUCGAUUUUCAUUCAAAGUUUGAACAGGCUGUUCCCACUCACCCCAAGUUCAUCGCAAUCGUCGAAGCCUUCAAGGAAGCAAACUUAAAGGUAGAAAAGGCGCAAGCGGCGGCACUUGAAGCGGGCGAAGAGAUAGCAAGAUUGACCUUCAAGAAACUUGCCGUUAAGCCAAUUGUUGAAGUGCAGCGAAUACGGGAGAUACAAGAGGUACCUGUUGAGGUAUCUUCGGGGCCGUCUGUGGAUGCAGCCAAGGUGGCAGCAGAAAAAGAAAAGGAGGAGCGGCGAGAAGGAGAGCUAGAGCAAUUGAAGGUCAAAAUUUCUGGCCUUGAAGGGAAUAAGAACGCGUUGCAAGACUUGGUAGAGAGGUUGAAAAUGUUGGAAUCUUGGAGAGGGCAAGAAGAGGACCGAAAGGCUGUUGCUGCUUCAGCAACUCCCCCAGGCCGUGGCAAUUCAGCGAUAUCAUCGGAAAAGCCAGGCCUGAAUGCCGUGAGCGACGCCCAUGCCCCCAUUCCCGUCAAUAAGCCCCCGGCGACUGCAGUAACGGAUGUUCAAUCGGCUUCCGGUCCUCAGCUGUCUGACGCUGUAGAGCCAAGCACCGCGCCUGUUCCCUCGUCAUCUCGUCCCCCCGCCGAAGCAUCAGUGGAAUUCUCUAGGAAGGCUAAAUUGAACGCCUUCAUAAGCGAAAUCCAACGUCGCAUAGCAGCUGUGGAAGUUACUCAGGCGGAGAUUAGUGAGUGUUUUGAUGACAUCACCAAUACUCUGGCUAUGGAAAGAGAAGACAGAUUGAUAAGGCAAGGGUUGAGAGAAAAGAGAAAAAGAGAUGCAGAGCGAGCAGAAGAGAGCUAUGUCGAUGGCGAUCAGGAUAAGUCUCGAUUGAAGGUGAAGGAAGGAUCCAACGCAGUUUCCCAAGGCGUGUCUGGACAGAGUAAUGAAGAUUUUUCGACGUUACCGGCUGGCAUGGCGUCUGCAAAAUCGGUAAUGGCCAUUAACCCCAGCCAAGCGCCUGUGUCGUCUACAUCUUCCCAGCCUGCUUCUUCUGCUCCGGUCCAAUCCCAAUCUCAAACCCUUCCUCAUUCUCAACCUGUUUCUCACAAUCCAAACCAACCUCAGAAGGUUUCAAUGUCUCACGUACAGACUGUACCCAUGACCCAGCUCCCUACUCUCGCCGCGCCUAGUCAACCUUCGAUUUCUGUUCAACCAGCACUCACAGAAUCCAUUUCCAGAUCUACAGCCACUCCUCGACGUCCUUCCUCUGUCCCACUUACUUCAUUCAUCGCAUCGCCGACCACUGCUUCUGCCAAUGUCUUAACAACCACCUCAACACGUGCCUUGGUGCAAGGAUCACCUACUGUGCUUUCUGCGUUUUCGCCUUAUCCACCUCCACCAGCAAUACCACAACCGCCUCAGUUGGUAGCAAAGACUCACAAUGCUGAAUCAAAUAUGCCAUCGGUCUCACCUUCUACCCCUACAGCAAGCCCUACCCGUUAUCCAUCGGCAGAACGAGUUGUUCCCAUGUUCAAUGACUUAAUUAGAUUUUACACAUCAUUGCGCUUCAAUCUCACUGCAACCCAAAUGUCGAUUGCCGAGCUCGUGCAAGGGUUUGUCCGAAUUACGCAGGAGGUACAAUCACUUCAUAACAAAACGUCACCUCAUCAUGAUGCUGUGGAGGCUCUCGCUACAAAGAUCAGAGAGCAUGGCACCAAAAUUGAAGAUCUACAAAACCUGCAUUCAAAAUUUGGCCAUGAAUUACACGAACUGACUGGGAUUUUUGAAGAUUUUCGACUGCGCUUCAACAACAAUUUCUCACUUGCCGAGUCAUUCAGUUCCUCGUUCAGUACUAGCAUUGGAAGUUACAAUGCUGAGAUAGCUGAGCUCAAGGAUGCUAUGCAUCAAGUCUCUACUCUCUGCAGAGAUCGCCAUGCGCCACAAAUUGCCGAGCUCCAGAAGGAAUAUCAAAACUCCCAGCAACUGAUUCUCGGCGUGACGAAUUAUGCAUUCCAGCUGAAUGCAGCUGUCGUAGAUCGGACAAAAAAAAUCCAGGAGUUGCCUCCCGAGAUAUCUGUCACUCUCACGAGAAUUGUACACGAUUUGGCUUCUGUGAGUGCAUCCUGUGGAGCACUUCACAGGCAGUUAACCUCGCAUGAGGAAACGACCAGGAAAAUGGAUGAUUUGUGGGACGUGGUCGAGCGAGCAAAACAGCAAUGGGAAAGGCGUGCCAAUUUGCAGGAGGUGGAGUUGAACGGGCUUAGGAAUUCGGUGGAGGAGAUAAGGGCCAAGGCGGACGAGCCUCUGGUCAAUGUUCACCUCUCUCCCGAAAGCGGCAAGUCUGUUUCAAGAAGGUUUGUUAACGAGGACCGUUUCAAUAGACUUGAAAACCUUGUCAGUCGUCUUCAAGAAAAUAUGAAAAGGAGGGACGAAGAACGGGACCAGCUCAUAACUGAGCUAUCUGCACGAGAUGCCAAAUUGACCAUUUUACAGCAGGAGCUGAUGGAAAUGAAGUUGAAGAUGGAAGAGAAUCGAGAGGUUGGUGAAAAGGUAAAUAGGGAGAUGGUGAUGGCCUACGUUGGAGCUGCAAAGGAGGAGUUGGCGGAUAAGACGAAGGAAGACAUAAAGCAAGUUGUCGAUAUCGCUAUUGAGAACUAUGAUAGCAGGGUCAAGGAACUUACGAAUGACAGUGCUUCAUGGGAUGAUAAAUUAAUUAUGAGCAUCCAGCUGGCUAAGCAGGAGAUGCGACAGGAAGUACCGAAGAUUGUGUCGAGGGAGAUUAGCCUUCUUAAGGAAGUCAGAAAAGAGGGCAAGAAAAAAGCGUCAUACUUGAUGAUGGCCACUGGAUCGAAGUUGCAAGCGGAGCAGUAUGACGAUCAAUAUACCCCUGAGGGAAGUCCGACGCGGGGUCAAUUCACUGUUGGCGACGAUUCGUCCGUUGAAAUAGUUCUUGCUGAGCUGAAUAGCGGCGCGACCCACAAUUCACCGAAGCCCACUACCCCUCCUCUGCCUGCUUCCGACCUCAACAUGCAAUCAGUUGAUCCCUCUUCCCAGCAAAGGUCGAUCCCGAUGUUGCGAACAGAAUCGAGGCCGCCAACGCCCCAAUAUCCUCCUGACACUCAAGUAGACGAAAUUGGUGCACUCCAAGAUCAAGCUGCGUCUAUGCAAGAACAUGGGCCGCAAUCCCCUCAAAUUGACAAUGUCACUGCUAUCGCGCUUUCACGUCCCCGUACGCCUUCUGUUUCCCCGCCAGCAGAACUACCAUCGGCGACCGUUGUCCAGUACACGAAAGCAGCUGAUCGUACAAGUCAACUGCUACACCAUGAAAGUCCAGCGAGAACCAGCAGCGGACAGGUUCCACCCGCUCAGUCUCAAGUUUCACCUCGCAAUCUGCAAUAGAGCUGGGAGCCCGAACUGGUGGAUUCAUAGAAUCAGCAGCAAAAAUGGCGGAUUCAUGACGCGUAAUGCCAUUAAUGCCAUUGACGGCGAGUCAGGACAAUUUGGUACGGAGUCUGCAUGGAGUUGAUUGCACAAUCAUGACAAGGGAAGUGGAUCUAGAGGAGCCAAACCUAAUUAUUUAUCUAGACUUAGGUGAUAUACUGGAGAAGAGAAGAGAAGAGGUAAUGACUGAUUAGACACGUUUUAGCAUCUGAAAUGGCGAAGGACAUCAUUUUUGGUAGUCCGUUGUUGUAUAUAUACAGACUCAGUCGUUUUUAAUCACUCAGUUAAAUAAUGUAACGUUUAAA